AGCGAGGAUCUAGAGAUGAAACAAAUAGCCAGGACGUCUCACCAUCACCUUUACUCUUUCAUUCUUGCUCCUUUUAGUUUACAGGCACAGCACCAUGGCGAGCUCUUCACGGACGCUCACCUAUUGGUCACGUCAGGUGACGGACCCCAGUGACGGCGGCGAUAUUGACGACGACAGCAUCGUGACAGUCACUGGUGUGUCCCCGACAGACCCCGGCGACGACACCAUCUCGAGCAUGGCAGCCAACACGCAGACCGCCGCUGACUUUGGUGAACGGCCCACGAGUGCUGCCGCGCCAACCAGCAUCGCACCGCCGAGUGCUCUCCCGUCACCCACCGCAGCACCGACCGGCCACACAGCAGACAAGAAGGACGACGGAGGGAUCAAGUUCCACAUUGCCUACCUGACACCGCUCUUUGUCAUCAUUGGUCUCGUUCUCAUCUUCGCCGUGGGAGGCCGGAUAUGGGGCCGGAUCUCCUAUGCGCGUGAGCAGGCCCAGCUACGGCGGGACCGGUAUGAGCGGCGGAUGGCGAGAAGCCAGCGGAGGGCGGCAAGAUCCCAAGCAGCGAGCAGCAGCAGCGCUGGAGGAUGGAGGUCGUACGAAGAUGUCGACGACGAGGAGCAGGCGAGGACGAUGAUCGAAAAGGAAGACUACCUCGGCGACCGCGACGAGCUCGGUAGCGGUGACGAGUUCGACGAGGACGAAGACGAGGUCCGAAAGGGCGGCCCGCUGAGUGCGCUGUCGAGCCACAUUGCCAACAGAAGCGCGCGGCCGCUGCCUCCCUCGAGUCGCGCAAGGGCCGGCCGGUACGAGGCCGAGGUGCAGUCCAACAGCUGGUUUGCCGUGCGCUGGAGGCGCAUGACAGAGACCUGGGCAGCAGCAGGCUCGGACGCGUACACGGCGCCACCCGCCACAUCGCGGGAGAGGAGUGGCGAGUGGCAGCAGGGUGACUCUGCUCCGAGAGCGCCGAUGCGCGGAACUUGGGCUAGGAUCAAGCAGGGUCUCACGGGCGAGGCACCGACCGUCAACGAGAGGCGGCGAUUGGUGGCGCAAGCACACCAGUCACAAGCCAGCGGUCUCUGGACACAGGCCCCGCCCCGUCCGCCGUCGUCGGUCGACCAAGACGAGAAGCUGCCUCAUCUUGCGGGUGGUUCUGGUCUCCUGCUACCCCCUCAGCUGAGUGACGAAGGGACCCCGUACGUGCUCGGCGAAGCGCCAGAGUACGAACGAGGCCGUCGGCCUGGCCGGUCGAUCUUUCCCCUCAGCCGCUUCAACGAGCGAGAUCGGUCGUACAGCCCGCCCAGCCUGCGAGCUCCGCCCAACACCUUUGCUGCCUUGGCCACUUCUGCCAGCCGGCAGGGCAUUGCUAGCAUCCGCGAGGUCUUUGGCGCGGUCACGGGUAGCAACAGCAAGGCCAGCUUGGGAGCGAGACCGAUCGACAGCACGUCGAGGGGUGCCCAUCACCCCCUGUCUAACGAGCUUGGCGGUGGAACGGACCUGCAGGGUGUCCAGGUCCACACCCACCAGGAUGGGAGCAGCUGUGCCCUCGAUGGCCCCCAGUACCUCCCUCCCCACUCUGUUCUCCUUGCUCGCAAGGACAGCUCCUUCAAGCCGGCCCACUCGCCCGUCUCGCUUCACGACAAUGAGGUGUUUCUGGAAGAUGGUCCUGCUCCAAGGUUUGGGGAAGAACAUGCCGCGCAGAGGAUGCCGACGCCGCCGCCAUUUGCAGGAGGUCACGGACGAGUGACGGCCUCGGCCUCUGGUCGCAACGUGCCCUCCUCGGGCCCCGGACAGGCCAUGCGCAUCCGCUCCGUCUCAUCCCGCUCGAUUGCGCACGACGCUGGGGAGGAUCAGUCGCCCCAGAGCGACGAGAAGAAGGAGAAGACCAUCAUCAAGCGAGCCUCGACUGUGCGGUUCGCCCUGAGUCCAGACAGGGACGAGAGUGCUGCGACGAGUUUUGCGCUGGACGCGAGCCACUUUGCUGCCGAGACCGAGGAGCAGCCCAUGGAGGUUGAUCCUGAGGAGCCCUCGCCGCCUCCGCCGAAGAGGCGCCUCUCGAGGGCACAAACGACAACGAGCAAGGGCUCCGCGCGACGCAAGCAGCGGGAGGAGCAGGGCCAAGGACAGGAGAUCAAAAGAUUCAGGUCUCUCCAGUCGUCGACGACGACGACGUCGGAUCUGAGCCGUCGGUCCUCGACGAAGAAGCAAAGCAGCGCAUCACCCCGGAAGAUCAUGUCGCCCGCGAGCAUCGCGUCUUCGAGCCGCGAAACGCCGACGCCCUACACCGAGCUCGUCAACUUUGGCGACUACGAAGACGAGGACGCAAAGGAAGAUGCGCCCCGGCGCGCGUCCUACGGCUCGUCCGUGCCCGGCCUGAGCAGCGGUGGCUCUUCCACGGGCGAGGACGAGGAGGACCAGGUGCGAUCGCCGGACAUGGAGUCAGAGAUUGACUCUGUCCUGUUGAGCGUCAUUGCGCGGAGCAACAGCAGCCGCAGUGUCGCGCCUUUCUACCAUUCGGACGCCGAGGAGAAACAGUCAACACCCCAGAGGAAGAGGCAUGCCGUGGAAGAGGAAGAGUCGACACCGCUGGGUCGCAAGAGAACGUGGCAGCGGCGAGAGGACGGACGGUGGGCUCGCGUCUCCCUCGACGAAGAGGAAUGGCAAGAGUUUCAACAGCAGCAGGGCUCCAUGGUCAGUCCUACCCUGUCUAUGCGCUCCGAUGGCACGCCGAGAGGCUUUGCCAUUGCUGCUGCCACUCACUCGCCGCCGCCGCUUCCCACGCCGCCGCCGACAGCAGCGCUGCCGCGUGCGCUCCGCGUCGCCUCGCCGUCGCCCACAAAGCGCCGCGGUGCCGCUUCGCCGGGCCCAGCGUCGGCCUUGGGCAUCCACCAGGCGUUCGACACACCCUCGGUCUAUUCGACGGCGUCGCCAGCCAGCAGCACCGUGAGCGGCGCAACGCCUCGUGCGUCCAACCUCGACGAGCGGAUUUUGUACUCGCACGGAAAGACGUACUCUGAUCUCGAUCUCACCAGCCUCCGAAGCUCGGCCUCUUCGGAAAAGAAGAGAAAGACGGAGGGCUCGACGGUCUCUGCCUCGAGCCAGUCUACGAAGCGGCAGAGGAACCGCGAGGCCGGGGACAUCAGAGUGAGUCAGGAUGGCGUGGAAGAGGACGACGAGGAGCAAGAGGGGUCGCCAACACGGCGAGGCGCACACCGCCGGCCUCCGCGCCGGUACCAGGCCAGGCUGGCCCCAGAGGCACCGUCUGAGAGCACCGAAGGCAGGGCACCAAUGAAGCGGACGGGCAAGACACUCAAGACGGCCGCACAGAAGGAGAAGGACAACGAGUUUGCCAUGGACCGGGUCCAGAGCAUGAUUGCAAAGGCGCAUGCCCAGAGGCUCGCCGCGCAGCAGCUUCGGCAGCAGGAGCAGCCCUAGAGCGCGUAGCCAUCUUCUCACACCCAUGUUACUCAGACA